UCUGACGAGUCGCCAGCGGCCGCUCACGACAGCUGUACACCUGUACACCUCUGCAGCAACUCUUAUAGGAUGCCGCCACCGACCACGUCAUAUAUUCGCCAAGGUUGGUGGCGCGUGCCAGCCGUCUUGAUACCUCUGCUGCUACUGUUGAUCGUCAGCUACAAUUUAGGAGACACCGCACAGACCAUCACUGCGUUCGUCAGGUCGCCACAAAUAAAGGAAACAGGAGCCUGCAUGGACGGUGUGGUGACAGCGCAGCCUGGUGGCAGACUGGGGAACCUGCUGGUGGAGUAUGCGUGCUCCGCCAUUUUGGCGAACCGGCACCACCUACGGCUGGCCAUGCCUGCCAGGAUCCUCGAGCCACUGUCCGCCAUCUUCCACAACCUCAGUGCAGAACCGCUGGGCCGAGUUUUGCAGCAGCCGCCAUGUGAAGGAAACCACACAGAGGAGGGGUUCCUGGACGACCCGAAGCACCAGCUCCUGACGUGGGAAUCUGUAGAGAAGACACUGAGCCACCUGAGGAGCAAACACUUGCCGCUCAUUUUCAAGAGGUACAUGUUUCUACCAGAGUAUCUCGCACCCUCCUUGGAAUUUUUGCGACAAGAAUUCCGUUUUCGGCCGGAAUUGCAGAGUGUCGCAAGCGAAAAGUUACACAGGAUUAGAUUGGAGACAGCGAGCGCCACUGGCACAAACUACACCCAGGUAUGCACGGUGGGGGUGCAUGUACGCAGGACGGACUACAAAGAGUUCAUGCAGAACAUGUUCCAACUGAAGCAGCCGGCCGGCCUCUCAUACUACAAGGCAGCGGCGACCGCCAUGUUGACAGACCUGCGCCACGAGUGCGCUGCUGUCGCAUUCGCCGUAACGAGCGACGACAACCAGUGGUGCCAACAGAACUUGCUGCCCACUCUCACCAGAAAUGCGUCUAAGGACUCGCCAGCCAGUGUGGGGUUCCUGAUGACCUCGGACUCUCCAGGAGAUGACCUGUGCCUGCUGUCCUCCUGCCAGCACCUCAUCAUGACCUACGGCACCUUUGGACUGUCAGCCGCCAUCUUGUGUGGCGGGAGAACCAUCGUAUAUGAUGCGCCCAGCCACGGCGCCAAGGAUGGGCCCUCAGCCCACAAGAUGGCGACCAUGGUGCCUGGAUGGCGACUCGUCGCAUAACACUGCAGCAACCUACUGCUGAAAGUAGAGCACUCUAGUGGACUGGUAUUGUACCUACCUCCUAUCUGCGACAUUAUGCCCAAGUUUUUCUAAAGUUUGAAUCCAUGUGUUUCAAGGGCAACGUUCAUACUGACUGAGCUGUUGAGGCAUGGCUCAUGGCCAGGCAUUACAGCUUCACCACUGACAGUAACUGUUUCAGUGGUGCCCUACAGCAAAAAACGAUGGACUAUUUUAUAGUAAAUAAAACUAACAGUGCUUUAUAAUAACGUAAACAACUUCCUAAGACAAUAACUAAAUCAGUUUUUUGUGUUAUUUGCAUCAUCCAGUGUCCUCGUAUUGCACUGUUGAGUGCUUUCGGUGAGGUACACGUUGCUCCAGAUGUCAGGCAACUUUUCACAAUAUCUGAACUUUUAAAACAUAGAUAGUGUCGAGCACACACACACACACACACUUUAUAUUUCAGUCAAGGGAUAUUUAUAAACAAAGAUUACUUUAUUGUAAGAACCUGUAUUUUCACACAGCCAGUCAGAAAAAUGCAGGUUUCGACAAAACAGCACUAGGAUGAUAGUUGAACAUCGAGACUAAUGCCAUGAAAUUUAGAAUAUCAGAAGCUAUUAGAUGUAAACCAACAUUUGCAGAUAAACUGGAACAGAAAUCAUCCAACUUCAUAGAAACCACUUUCCUUAAAAAGAAAAACGUUGCUCCUCCACAAACGUUUAUAUUGGCUAUAACAGUUUUUGAACAAAUAAUACAUUCUGGAGUGUGUGUGCUUGUGUGUUUCGUUAAUUUAUGUCAAUAUUUAAUUAAUAAUAUGUAAAUACAGCUUAAAACUUCAUGCGAUGUGUGAAGAGUGCACGCAAAUUUGCACCUAAAAAAUGUACCAUUUUCGUAAACAGUAGACAUGCUCCACAAGGAGACAUAAUUCACAGACCAUGAAAAUAGCUGACUACGAAAGUUUCAUAUUACUUGGCGCUUCUAACCCAUCUCUCUGUGUGCACACACAUGGGUUUAACACAUGUUACCAUUUACAUAAACUCUAUUGCGUAGACUUUUUCGGCGACCUUUACAAUCCAUUCUCAGAACUGUGUGAAGGAACUAUAUUGUGCCUGUUACAUGAAGUUGUUCGAUAUUGCUAAGCCAAUCAGUAUUCUUGUUAAUCAUAAUGUCAUUUAUUCUUGUUAUUAUUAUUAUGUAUAUGUGUGUUUUAUUGUUGGUCCGAUCAAAGAGAGGGGCUGGAAGUCUUAAUUU